UGUCCGAAACGAGAACGAUGGCCGAGAGCGAUUUGGAGAGCGAGUCCUUGACCGAUCUAGAGGAGACCUUCGACAGGGCUAGCAAAUAUCUGCAGACGUCGGUGUCGGAAUUAGAUUCAGGUCAGCUGCUUGCGCUCUACGGUCUGUACAAACAGGCGACCGUGGGCCCGUGCGACAUCCCGAGGCCCAACUGGUAUCAGGUGCAGGCCAAGCACAAGUGGGAGGCAUGGAAGAAUCUCGGUGACAUGAGCCGCGAGACCGCGAUGGCGAAUUACAUCAACGGGAUCGAGAGGAUAAACCCGUUGUGGGAGGGGGAGGAGGCGAAAGCCGAGACAUCAAAAUGGUUCGUCUUCAGCAAGUUGUCGUACGACAGCGUGAAACUGAACGACGAGGACAAGACGUUCCUGGAUUGGAUCAAGGAGGGCAACGAGGCGAAGGUGCGAGAAUUUGUGAGCGGCGAGCCCGCGCUCGUCAACACGCCCGACGAGGAGGGCAUGCAUCCCAUACACUGGGCCGCGGACCGCGGCUACCUCGGGAUCCUGGAUUGCUUGAUUAAGAACGGCGCGAAUGUAAACUCGCGGGAUCAGUACGGGCAGACGGCCCUACACUACGUGGUAAGUUGCGAUCACGUGGACGUGGUCAAGUACUUGCUCUCGAUCGGAGCUCAGUCGAAUAUACCGGAUAACGAUGGUGUGACGCCCAAAGAAAUCGCGAACGAGCAGAUCGCAGCUCUUUUAUAAAUGCCACACACAUGCUGUAUGUACACAAGCACUCACUGCGUUUACAAUUGUUAAUUCUGUUUGCAUAUAUAAAUAAAUCCAGAUAUACCGAUAAUCUC